AUGACAAGGAGAAAGGUGAAACUUGCAUGGAUUGUGAAUGAUGCUGCUAGGAAAGCCACCUUCAGAAAGAGGAGGGCAAACUUGUUGAAAAAACUGAGAGAGCUGACCAUUUUAUGUGAUGUGAACGGCUUGAUCAUCGUUUAUGGGCCCGAUAGUGACGAGCCUGUUGUGUGGCCUGAACGCCCAAUGGUUCAAGAACUACUGGCAAGGUUUCUCAGCAUACCGGAAUUCGAGCGGUGGAAGAAGAUGACGAACCAAGAGACUUACCUCAAGGAUAGUGCAGCCAAAAUACAAGAACAAAUAAGGAAGAUUCAGAAGAAGAACAAUGAGAUGGAGAUGAAUUAUAUCAUGCACCAGAUUCUUCAAAAUGGUAAGCCACUAGAUGCAUUUCACGCUAGAGAGCUAACUGAUUUGGUUUUUUUUAUGAAGGAUAAGAUGAAAGAGAUCGAGAAACGGAUGGAUCCUAAUGUUCCACUAUGUGCUUCUCCACAUAAUGAUGAAUGGAACGCUACAGAAUCUUUGUUUAAUUAUUUGCACAAGGAAAAGACGAAGCAAAUGGAGAACAUUGUUGGAGCUAGCAGUAGUGUGAGGAGUGAUAUGGGACUGCCCGAAUAUACCUAUUUUGGUAGUUCUGUUAAUCCUGCAAACGGGAUAGGGUUUCCUAGCGUGAACUUUGAAGGCAAUUACAGCUAUGGUGGAAGUGAUUUAGGGCUUCCCAAGCAAAUUCAUAACAUUGCUGGUUCGAGUAGCAGUGUUAGGCAUUAUGGAACUGAUUUGGGGAUGCCUCACGUGAAUUAUGGAGGAAGUUCUACUGGUGGAAGUGAGAUGAGGCAUGACAUGCUUCCACAUUAUUAUGGGGAUAAUAUUGUAGGCAAUACUGGAUGGGGUACUAGAGGAACCAAUGCUGGAUAUGGUGAUAGACUAGGGCUUCUGCCCCAACAGCUGAGCGUCGAAGGUGAUAAGGGAAGUGGAUUAGGGUUGCCUGCUGGAUUGUUUGGAGGCAACAACGGUGGAAGUGACGCAGGGCUUCCCUAUGAUGUUAGCAAAACUUGA